AAAAUGCCAAUAGUGAUUCUGUUGGCAAAAAGAAACGCAGGUUGACUUCCCCCAAAAGAGAGAACUGUACAAAACAGGAGAGGAAGUCUAAGGGUAAAAGUUGGAAUAAAUGUGAAUUUUGUGGAAAGAUCUUCACAAGAUGCAAGAUGCUGAUUCAUCGAAGGAUUCACACAGAUCUGGAGACAAAGCCUCUAGAGGUACAAAAUGCAGCUCCAAAAAGGAAAGGGUUUCAAACAAAUGUGAAUUCUGUGGAAAGGUUCUCAUCAAAAGUAAAAUGUUGAUACACCGGAGGAUUCACACCGGAGAACGUCCGUUUGUGUGUACUAUUUGUGGAGAGGCAUUUGUGUCUAAGGGAGCACUAACAGUUCACAUGGUGAUUCAUAGUGAUGAACGGCCCUUUCCUUGUGAUAUUUGUGAUCGCAGUUUUAAGCGAGCAUUUGAACUAAAGAGUCACAAAAAGAUUCACACAGGGGAAAAGAACCAUGUUUGUGAUAUUUGUGGGUAUUCAUGUAUACAGAGAGCAAACCUGGUGAACCACAGAAAGCGGCACCUCAGUGAAUACAAGUACAAGUGUGAAGUAUGUAACACAGGAUUUUAUACAAAAACAACUUUCCGAGAGCACAAGACUAUUCACACAGGGGAAAAACCAUUCCAGUGUGACAUUUGUGGUUUGGCAUAUCGGUACAGGUACAGGCUUACAUUGCACAAGAAGACGCAUGAUCCUAAUUUUACACCCCCAGAAAAGAAACACCAGUGUGACAUCUGUAAGAAACGGUUUGCACGCAAGCAGGUUAUGUUAUUGCAUCUGAAGUCCCACACAGGAGAAAGCCAGUUUGUGUGUGACAUAUGUGGCAAGAAUGUUGCCAGCAAGGCAUCCCUGAUGGUGCAUGUGAGGACACACACUGGGGAAAAACCGAAUGUGUGUGAUGUUUGUGGUAAAGCAUUUAUAUCUCGCAAUUAUCUCCGUGUUCACCAACGUACACACACUGGAGAAAAGCCACAUACAUGUGACCUAUGUGGAAAGUCCUUCACGCAGCGUUCAACACUUGUAGUGCAUAAGAGGUCUCACACAGGUCAAAGACCAUAUGUAUGUCAUGUUUGCCAGAAAGGGUUUGUUUCGAGAACUCUUCUUGUAACACAUCAGAAAAGUCAUGAGCAUAUGUUCUAAGGAAAGAACAUUUCUGUACAAGAGUGGCUGCCUGUGCAGAGAUUUUUUUUAAGAUGACUAUAGUAGGAUUU